GGAGCGCGCCGGCCGCGAGAGGCGAGCCGAGAGUGGAGGAGGCGGCGGCGGCGGGAGCGCUCCCCAGGAAUGUCGCUGCCGCCGCCACCGCCGCGGCCGCUGCCGUUGAGGAGGCGACGGAGGAGACCGGCGUUGUUAGGAAGAUGAUCCAUAUGAUCUCGAAGAAGACCUUUCUUUGGCAAUGAGGGAACUACAAAGAACCAAAUAUAAUUCUGAAAUUCAGGAUCUGUAUUUUGAGAUGGUUUUAUUUUCAGAAUGAAAAGUAUAUAUGGUUAUCUUUAUGAAUGUAAAGACAUGAGAAAAGAGUUAUGAUGGCAAAAAACAAAGAGCCUCGACCCCCAUCUUAUACUGUCAGUGUAGUUGGACUCUCUGGGACUGAAAAAGACAAAGGAAACUGUGGAGUUGGAAAAUCUUGUUUGUGCAAUAGAUUUGUACGUUCAAAAGCAGAUGAAUAUUAUCCAGAGCAUACUUCUGUGCUUAGCACCAUUGACUUUGGAGGCCGAGUAGUAAACAAUGAUCACUUUUUAUACUGGGGUGACAUAACACAAAAUGGUGAAGAUGGUGUAGAAUGCAAAAUUCAUGUCAUUGAACAAACAGAGUUCAUUGAUGACCAGACUUUCUUGCCUCAUCGAAGUACAAAUUUGCAACCAUAUAUAAAACGUGCAGCUGCCUCAAAAUUGCAGUCAGCAGAAAAACUAAUGUACAUUUGUACUGAUCAGCUAGGCUUGGAGCAAGACUUUGAACAGAAGCAAAUGCCUGAAGGGAAACUCAAUGUAGAUGGAUUUUUAUUGUGUAUUGAUGUGAGUCAAGGAUGUAAUAGGAAGUUUGAUGAUCAACUUAAAUUUGUGAAUAACCUUUUUGUCCAGCUAUCAAAAUCCAAAAAGCCUGUGAUAAUAGCAGCAACUAAAUGUGAUGAAUGUGUGGACCAUUACCUUAGAGAAGUUCAAGCCUUUGCCUCAAACAAAAAGAACCUUCUAGUAGUGGAAACAUCAGCACGAUUUAAUGUCAACAUUGAGACAUGUUUCACUGCUUUGGUACAAAUGUUGGAUAAAACUCGUGGCAAACCUAAAAUUAUUCCCUAUCUGGAUGCUUAUAAAACACAGAGACAACUUGUUGUCACAGCAACAGACAAGUUUGAAAAACUUGUACAGACUGUGAGAGAUUAUCAUGCAACUUGGAAAACUGUUAGUAAUAAAUUAAAAAAUCAUCCUGAUUAUGAAGAAUAUAUCAACUUAGAGGGAACAAGAAAGGCCAGAAAUACAUUCUCAAAGCAUAUAGAGCAACUCAAACAGGAACAUAUAAGAAAAAGGAGAGAAGAAUAUAUAAGUACCUUACCAAGGGCUUUUAAUACUCUCUUGCCAGAUCUAGAAGAGAUUGAACAUUUGAAUUGGUUGGAAGCUUUGAAGUUAAUGGAAAAGAGAGCAGAUUUCCAGUUAUGUUUUGUGGUGCUAGAAAAAACACCUUGGGAUGAAACUGACCAUAUAGACAAAAUUAAUGAUAGACGGAUCCCAUUCGACCUUCUGAGCACUUUAGAAGCAGAAAAAGUCUAUCAAAACCAUGUACAACAUCUGAUAUCAGAGAAAAGAAGAAUAGAAAUGAAGGAGAAAUUCAAGAAGACUUUAGAAAAAAUUCAGUUCAUUUCACCGGGGCAGCCAUGGGAGGAAGUUAUGUGUUUUGUCAUGGAGGAUGAAGCAUUCAAAUAUAUCACUGAGGCUGAUAGCAAAGAAGUAUAUGGUAGACAUCAGCGAGAGAUAGUAGAAAAAGCCAAAGAAGAGUUUCAGGAAAUGCUUUUUGAACAUUCUGAACUUUUUUAUGAUUUAGAUCUUAAUGCAACACCAAGUUCUGAUAAAAUGAGUGAAAUUCAUACAGUUCUAAGUGAAGAACCUAGAUAUAAAGCUUUACAGAAACUUGCACCUGAUAGAGAAUCUCUUCUACUUAAGCAUAUAGGAUUUGUUUAUCAUCCCACUAAAGAAACAUGCCUCAGUGGCCAAUAUUGUACAGACAUUAAAGUGGAAAAUUUACUUGCCACUAGUCUAUUAGAGAUGGAUCAUAACCGCGUACGCUUGUAUCAUGAUAGUACCAAUAUAGACAAAGUUAAUCUUUUCAUUUUAGGGAAAGAUGGCCUUGCCCAGGAACUAGCAAAUGAGAUAAGGACUCAAUCCACUGAUGAUGAGUAUGCCUUAGAUGGAAAAAUUUAUGAACUUGAUCUUCGGCCUGUUGAUGCCAAAUCGCCUUACAUUUUGAGUCAGCUAUGGACUGCAGCCUUUAAACCACAUGGGUGCUUCUGUGUAUUCAAUUCCAUCGAGUCACUGAGUUUUAUUGGAGAAUUUAUUGGAAAAAUAAGAACCGAAGCAUCUCAGAUCAGAAAAGAUAAAUAUAUGACUAAUCUUCCAUUUACAUUAAUUCUUGCUAAUCAGAGGGAUUCCAUUAGUAAAAAUCUACCAAUUCUCAGGCACCAGGGUCAGCAGUUGGCCAACAAAUUGCAGUGUCCUUUUGUAGACGUACCUACUGGUACAUAUCCUCGUAAAUUUAAUGAAUCACAAAUAAAGCAAGCUCUAAGAGGAGUAUUGGAAUCAGUUAAACACAAUUUAGAUGUGGUGAGCCCAGUUCCUAUCAAUAAGGAUGUGUCAGAAGCUGACUUGAGAAUUGUCAUGUGUGCCAUGUGUGGCGAUCCAUUUAGUGUGGAUCUUAUUCUUUCACCUUUCCUUGACUCUCAUUCUUGCAGUGCUGCUCAAGCUGGACAGAAUAAUUCUUUAAUGCUUGACAAAAUUAUUGGUGAAAAAAGGAGGCGAAUACAGAUCACAAUAUUGUCAUACCACUCCUCAAUUGGAGUAAGAAAAGAUGAACUGGUUCAUGGGUAUAUAUUAGUUUAUUCUGCAAAAAGGAAAGCAUCAAUGGGAAUGCUUCGUGCAUUUCUAUCAGAAGUUCAAGAUACUAUUCCUGUACAACUGGUGGCAGUUACCGACAGUCAAGCUGAUUUCUUUGAAAAUGAGGCUAUCAAGGAGUUAAUGACUGAAGGAGAACACAUUGCAACUGAGAUAACUGCUAAAUUUACAGCAUUAUAUUCUUUAUCUCAGUAUCAUAGGCAAACUGAGGUUUUCACUUUGUUUUUCAGUGAUGUUCUAGAGAAAAAAAAUAUGAUAGAAAAUUCCUAUUUGUCUGAUAAUACAAGGGAAUCCACUCAUCAGAGUGAAGAUGUUUUUCUACCGUCUCCAAGAGACUGUUUUCCCUAUAACAACUACCCUGAUUCAGAUGAUGACACAGAAGCACCACCUCCUUAUAGUCCAAUUGGAGAUGAUGUACAGUUGCUUCCAACACCUAGUGAUCGUUCCAGAUACAGGUUAGAUUUGGAAGGAAACGAAUAUCCUGUUCAUAGCACUCCAAAUUGUCACGAUCAUGAACGUAACCAUAAAGUGCCUCCACCUAUUAAACCUAAACCAGUUGUACCUAAAACAAAUGUGAAAAAACUGGAUCCAAACCUUUUAAAAACAAUUGAAGCUGGUAUUGGUAAAAAUCCAAGAAAACAGACUUCCCGGGUGCCUUUGGCACAUCCUGAAGAUAUGGAUUCUUCAGAUAACUAUGCGGAACCCCUUGACACAAUUUUCAAGCAGAAGGGCUAUUCUGAUGAGAUUUAUGUUGUCCCAGAUGAUAGUCAGAAUCGAAUUAUUAAAAUUCGAAACUCAUUUGUAAAUAACACUCAAGGAGAUGAAGAAAAUGGGUUUUCUGAUAGGACCUCAAAAGGUCAUGGGGAACGUAGGCCUUCAAAAUACAAAUAUAAAUCUAAAACCUUGUUUAGUAAAGCCAAGUCAUACUACAGAAGAACACACUCAGAUGCAAGUGAUGAUGAGGCUUUCACUACUUCUAAAACAAAAAGAAAAGGAAGGCAUCGUGGAAGUGAAGAAGAUCCACUACUGUCUCCUGUUGAAACUUGGAAAGGUGGUAUUGAUAAUCCUGCAAUCACAUCUGACCAGGAGGUAGAUGAUAAGAAGAUAAAGAAGAAAACCCACAAAGUAAAGGAAGAUAAAAAGCAGAAAAAGAAAACUAAGACCUUCAACCCACCAACACGUAGAAAUUGGGAAAGUAAUUACUUUGGGAUGCCCCUCCAGGAUCUGGUUACAGCUGAGAAGCCUAUACCACUAUUUGUUGAAAAAUGUGUGGAAUUUAUUGAAGACACAGGAUUAUGUACUGAAGGACUAUACCGUGUUAGUGGAAAUAAAACUGAUCAAGACAACAUUCAAAAGCAGUUUGAUCAAGAUCAUAAUAUCAAUCUAGCAUCAAUGGAAGUGACAGUAAAUGCUGUAGCAGGAGCUCUCAAAGCUUUCUUUGCUGACCUGCCUGAUCCUUUGAUUCCAUAUUCACUCCACCCAGAGCUAUUGGAAGCAGCAAAAAUCCCAGAUAAAACAGAGCGCUUUCAUGCCUUGAAAGAAAUUGUUAAGAAAUUUCAUCCUGUAAACUAUGAUGUAUUCAGAUAUGUGAUAACACAUCUAAACAGGGUUAGUCAGCAAAAUAAAAUCAACCUAAUGACAGCAGACAACUUAUCCAUCUGUUUUUGGCCAACUUUGAUGAGACCUGAUUUUGAAAAUCGGGAGUUUCUGUCUACCACUAAAAUCCAUCAAUCUGUCGUUGAAACAUUUAUUCAACAGUGCCAGUUUUUCUUUUACAAUGGAGAAAUUGUAGAAACUGCGAACACUGUGGCUCCUCCACCAACUUCAAAUCCAGGACAAUUGGUAGAAUCAAUGGUACCACUUCAGUUGCCACCACCAUUGCAGCCUCAGCUAAUUCAACCACAAUUGCAGACAGAUCCUCUUGGUAUUAUAUAAAUAGAAUGUGAUUGCAGAUGGCCUGAAAUUGGACAAAAACAAAUCUAGACAUGCAUGUUUCAGGGGUUAGUAGUAUAUUUCAUGUUUCAUACAGAUAAUCCACAUCAAAAUAAUGAGACAUUUUCUCUUUGAACUAUAUGGUAUUCCCUAUUCACUUACAUUAUGAAUCUAAAAGCAUGGGGUAAGCAUGACUGGAGAGGUUUAAUUUUUAUAAACAAAAAAAAAUAGUUAUAAAAAUGCAAAGCUGCUGCUGCAUGCAACCUUAUUGCAAUCAGUAUAUCAUUCCCGUGGCAAUUUCUGUCACAGUAUAUUGUGAAUACAGUUUUUCUAUAGAAAUUAAAUGAUUUAAAAACUCAUAUAUGAAAUGUUUAAUGCUUUCAGCCUGCUUUAUGGCUGAUUUUGUUAUUUGAUUGCUAAUUUGGGGACCUAAUUCCAGCAGUCUGUAUAGAUAACUAAAGCCCAGUUAAGUAUUUUUUAAUUUCCGGUUACUAUGCCAUGCUUGGGAUGUUUGAAAGAAAGAAAGAAAAACACAUGUAACAUAUUUCACAUUUCUGCACCUUCAUCUUCUAAGUAAAUUUGUGGAUGAUUUGAUGAGGAGUGAAUGAACCUGUUUCUUUUACUCACGUACCAAGGACACACUUGUGGUUAAAGUGAGUUGAUAAUGUGAUGUAAAGAAUAGUUGUCACCAACUCAUUUCUUUAUUAUCUAUAAUGAAAGAUACAUUUUGUAUACACAGUUAAUUCUGUAAACAGAUGCAUGUUCAAAAGAUCUAUGAUGGUCUUGUAAUCUUAAUCUAAUAUAUUUUAGAUAUUUUAAUUUUUCCCUCUUGGGGAAUACACUUAGUAUAGUGUAGAAAAAUACUUCAUGACAUUUUCAUAUAAGGUUAUAUAACUUUUCAUACAUAAACAUGAAGUUUGUUGUAGAAAGUUCUUUAAACCAAACAUUUAAUCUAGGAUUUCAAUUUAAUCUGUUCCUUGAAUCUAUUUUUAUGUGGCCCUUGAGAAUAUAUCCCAAAAAAUUCCAUUGCUAAUACAGCAAUAAAAAUACUUUGGGUACUGACAGACUCCUUGGAGUAUGUAUAUAUAAAAUAACAAACUUGUAUUCAUAUUCUUUCAGUGAUGUGUUGUUCUACAAUCCAGAAUGGCUUUUGCACCAUUUUUUAAACCAGUUUUCCCCCCUUUGCCGUUGGUACCAGAGUUGCUAUAAAUGACUGCUGCUUUAAGGGUUAAAUAUUUUGUUAGUGAAGAUACAACCAGAACACUAAAUUAUGAUAAAAUUUUCUGACUGAGUGAUAGGUAAAUUUAGUUGGGCUAUAUUCAAAAUUAUUUUAUUAUCAAACCCGUACCAUUUGUUUUACUGGAAAAGGAAAAGUGGUUUGCUUUUUACUGCUGGGUCAUAUUUUGUGUAGUAAAGAAAUUCUUUGGUCAAUGUUGUAAUCUUUAUAUUUCAAUUUUAAGGUUUCCUUAUCUGUAUUAUAGUAAAUUCAUGAUUUUGAGAUUCAAGGCUCCUAAGAGUUUGAUUUGCUCCAUUUUGUCUUAAAAUAUUCUUUCUCAAUUGUUGUAUCUUAGGUAUUGUACUUCCAAUUUCAACAAAGAUGUCAACAUGAAUCAGGCUACUGUUGAAGUACAUGUAUAUUAUAAAUUAUCUUGUGUUAUUAUCUUUUCUAAGAGAACAAAGUCCCUAUUAUUCCUAUUGCAAAGCACACAGGAAUUGAAAGUACAGUAAUUUUUAAAAAAAAAAUAUCCGGUAAAUGUAGUAUUCUUACUUGUUCUAUAUUACUUAUACCUAUUGUCUAUAUAGCUUUAAUUUAUAGCUGUCAGUUUAACAUUGGCAUGUCUGGCAAAGAAAAUUAAACUUUAAGAGUUUUAUAAACUGUUUCUAGGUUGCUAAAGAAUUUAUUUUUCUACUAUAAAUGGUAUAGACAAAGCAUCAACUAUGUACAGGAUAAAAGCCUGACUAUUUCUAUUGAAAGUAGGCUUACAAGAGAAUUUUCAGAACUGUUCAUAUCUUUGGUUCAUUCUGUCCUAACUUUACAAUUGUAAUAUGUGAGUCCCAGUUUAUUUAAGCUAUUAUCUUUUAUAAUGUGUUAAUUUAACAUUCAUUUACAUUUAAAACUAUUUUUGUUAUUAAAAUUAGCAUUUAUAAGUUUCCACAUUAACCACCUUACACCUCUUCCAAAACUGAUAUUACUUUUCUAUGCAUUCUAUCAUUGAUUUGACACACUACAUAGUGAAUCACUUAAAUAUUUUACAUCUGGUUCAUUUUACUACUAGGUUACAGAUAUUGAAAAUUAAAGUAUGGUUUAAA